AUGCAAGGAGCAGUGGGAAGCGGAGAUCAGGCGGGGGAUGGAACGGAAACCGCAGUGCAACGGCCAAGUGCGCAGCAUCAGCAGCAGCAUCAGCAGCAGCAGCAGGAGCAGCAGCAGGAGCAGCAGCAGGAGCAGGAGCAGGAGCAGGAGCAGGCGGAGGGAGCACGCGAGGCGUCAAGCAGCGUGCGCGCUGUGGAGCGCGUUGCCGCUGCCCGCCAGGGCGGGGCAGCCUCGUGGAGACCUCCCACCUCGCUCACACGGAUGCCGUCCCUCAACCGAGCCUCGGGCUUCCCUGGGCUAGGGCUAGGCUCGGGUAUCCAGGGGCUAGGCUCGGGCAUUCAGGGGCUAGGCUCGGGCAUUCAGGGGCGCGCGUCAGCAGUGCGCAGCAGGCUGCAGGGGGGAGCGAUGGAGGCGGGGAGUCGGCUGCAGGGCCGCGCGUACGGCGUGGGCAGCUCCCUUCACGACACGGCCGCCGUGGUGGGCGGAGCGAUCCAGGGCUGCGCCGUGGAGGUGGGCGGUGCGAUUCAAGGCAAGGCGGUUGCGGUGGGCAGCACGAUACAGGACACGGCAGUGGUGGUGGGCGGUGUGAUCCAAGAUAAGGCGGUGGCAGUGGGCAGCACGAUACAAGACACAGCAGUAGUGGUGGGGGGGGCGAUUCAAGACAAGGCGGUUGCGGUGGGCAGCACAAUACAGGACACGGCCGUGGUGGUAGGCAGCAGGAUUCAGGGCAAAGCGGUGGAGCUGCAGGAGAGAGCGGUGGAGGUGGGUACGAGCAUCCAGGACAGGGCGGUGGAGGUGAGCAGCACGCUGCAGGACGUGGUGUCGGAGGUGGGGCAGGUGGUGACUGAGGUGGGCGUGACUAUACAGGAGAAGCAGCAGGAGAUCGCCAAGGUGGUGCAGCACACGGCGGAGGACGUGGAGAGGAGCCUCCCGCCCCCCGCGCAGGGGGCGCUGAGGACAGCGGGGUGGGGCGUGCAGGCGGUGGUGAGCGUGGUGGCGCCCGUGCUGGAGCGCAUCCCCGUGACCAAGGGGCAGCUGGCGGGCGCGGCCGUGGUGGUGGUGCUGUUCAUCAAGGCCGUGGAGCAGUGGUGGUACCAGUUCCAGCAGGACUCACGGUGA